AUGUCGAACCAAUACAUCAACGCUGUGUACUAUCCCUCGUGGCGCUGCUAUAAAGAGCGCCCUCCUUCAUACCUAGACACUGCUUCAAUCACUCACAUAUUCUACGCCUUUGUUGGGUAUGUUUCCAAAGCGUCAAAAUAUUCUCAAGCUAAUACAGGCAGUGUUAACGAGGAUGGUACACUUCGGUCCAUCGAUGAUUGGGCCGACAACAAUAAAGUAGUAGAUGGCGAAAAGGGCUGUCUCGCGGCACUUCGCAAGUUGAAAGACCAGCACCCUCAUAUAAAGACACUCGUCUCGAUAGGUGGUGGCUCUAGCAGCAAGGAAUUUCCUGCACUUGCAGCAAGCAAAGCUGCAAGACAAACCUUUGCUCGCGAGAUCAAGGAGUUUUGCGACGCCCAUCAUUUCGAUGGAGUUGACAUUGACUGGGAGCACCCUCAGACUCCAGAAGCUGGAAAGAAUUAUGUUCUGUACCUCCAGGCCAUCCGAGAGACCAUGCCAGCUCCGAAUUACCUGCUGACAAGUGCUCUUCCCACUGGCGAGUACUGUCUCAAGCAUCUCAAUCUACCAGUCGUAGCCCAAUUGCUCGACUUGCUCAACCUCAUGGGCUACGAUUUCACAGGCGGCUGGACCGACGUCUGUGGUCAUCAUGCGCAGCUCCUACCUCCAAGCAACAACCUCAACGAGGUGUAUCCCACUCUUCGCAAGUCAUGCCAGCGUGGCGUCGACUACCUUCGCUCGCAGGGCUUCCCAAGCCGUAAGAUAAUCCUCGGCAUUCCAGUAUAUGCCAGAUAUUUUGGACAGGCUCGUGGACCAGGACAUCCUUUCAAGGGCUCGGGCGAGAUUGACUACUGCGAUUUACCAGAUGAAUGGGUAGCAGGCGCAAAGGUCAACGAAUCCGUCGCAGCGGCAUCCUUUGUCGAUACUAAAGGAGACAAGGGCUUCGUCUCUUUCGAUGUUCCUGGCACAGUUUGUGUUAAGGCGAGGUAUGCCAAAGCAAUGGGUCUAGGUGGUCUCUUCUACUGGACGGGUGCUGGUGAUCGAGUAGGCCAUCAGAGUUUGGUCGCUACGGGAUGGAAGACACUUCAUUCCAAGUAG